CAUGCUUGAUCCGUGGACUACCGGUACCUAUUUUACCAUGUACAAAGCGCUUUGUAGACGCUCGAAGGCCUCGAGCAUAGCGAGGAUGACAUUAAGGCGCGCCCGUCUUGCGCCCAAUCUAUGAGACGCGACUUAUGAAAGCGUAAUUUUUUUUCUCUUAUAUACUUUUCAUCGGCCAUAUCUAUACACCUGUUGGCUUUCGCUUUUUAAUAUUCCAACAUGUCUCACCUUGAGCGCCAGAAGUCACGCAUAACAGGCGACGAUGCUGGUACUGCGCGUCGAAACAGCACGCUGAAAAACCAGCCAACGGGCGGGGUCCCAAACGCAAAAAAGCCUCGAUCGCGACUUCCCGUCGGACUCCGCGACCUACUCCCAUUUCCACAGUCCUCAUUACCGUCUGGAUCAGGCCCGUAUUCUGUCGGGAGUAUAGACAUCGAAGUACCCGUCGAGAACCCGCGAACCAUAUCCAACAUCACCCGGAAUGGAAGACAUGUCCUGCAGCUGGAGACUGUUCUCUUCACGCUAUACUACCCCUCGGCGCAUGGUAGCGGGGCAGGACGGGCACCUGGAGGAGAAAUCAGAUGGGGACGCGAGACGUGGACGCCACGACCGAGGGUGCAAACUGCGAAGGGCUACGCCAAGUUUGCUGGCAUACCCUCGUUCCUGACCUUGGGGGCUCUCGCGCCAACCACUUUCCUCACCAAGAUUAGAGCGUUCAGAAACAGUCCACCGGCUACACAUUGGCCGCCCGAGGGCAAUAGCAAGAAGAACGGAUACAAAAUCAAAAACAAGCGCGGUCCUCCUCCUGAAGGCGGGAGUGAGGAGCCAGUGUUCCCCUUGCUGAUGUUUAGUCACGGGCUGGGAGGUACAAGGACUACGUAUAGCAGUCUAUGUCUCGAGUUCGCCAGUUAUGGGUUUGUUGUGUGUGCGGUGGAGCAUCGAGAUGGCAGCGGUCCGCGGACGUUUAUCAACCAUCCGAAGCCCGAAGAUGACCCACAGCACCUAGGAAAAGACAGAUGGAAGAACGUGGAUCUCACUGAGGAGGACAGGAGGAGGGGAUAUCACCACGUAGACUACGUGUUCCCCAAAAACAACAGGAUGGAUACAGCGCCGAACAACGAGCAGGGCGUGGACAAGGAGCUGCGCAACGCUCAGAUCGAACUGCGUCUCUGUGAGCUCGAAGAAGCAUACCGUGUCCUCAAAAUCAUACACUCCGGAAACGGGGAGGAGAUUGCGCGACAAAAUCUGCGCGGCAAGGGCUACGUUGGCGGGUCUUCCAGGGGGUUGGAAGGUGUCAUCUGGAGUCAGUGGAAGGGCAGGUUUCAUGUGGAAAAGAUGACAAUGGCCGGACAUAGUUUUGGAGGUGCUACAACGAUCGAGGUGCUGAGACACACUGACCGCUUCAAGAAUGUGCAGGCUGGUAUUAUAUACGAUAUUUGGGGAGCACCGAUAAAGCCGCCCGAGGAUAACCCUGAACAUCGAAUACACAUGCCGUUGCUUGGCAUCAACAGCGAAGCGUUCAUGUACUGGCAGAAGAACUACGACGCCGUCAUGUCGCUCAUGAAAGAGGCAGAUGGGGAGGGUGUGCCAGCCUACCUACUCACCGUCCGAGGCAGUGUGCACAUCUCUCAGUCUGACUGGACCAUACUCUACCCAAAUAUAACGUCGUUUUUCUUGAAAUCCAUGGUACACCCGCAACGAGCCGUCGAUCUCAACAUCAGCGCCUCCCUGGAAUUUCUUCGGCUCGUAACGCCUUCUUCCGGCAGCGGCAGGUCCAUCAUCAACCGCUGCAUGACCGAUGAAUCGAUUCUGGAUACCGCACUGCUAGACGAAGUGCCCACCGAACAUCGUCCGAACGACCAGUGGAUUGCGGCUAGACUUAAGGUCAAAAACGAGUUCCGCACACGCGUCGCUGCGCGGUGGCGCAGGAGAGUCAAGCAAGUGAAUGGUGGAAAACAGCCAAAGGGAUACACGACGCAGGAUGAGGUUUGGAAUCAUUUCAAACCCAGUGACCAGAGACUUGAAGAUUGGAUUGUGAAGGAGGGGAGAGGGGAGAAGAGGAUUGAUACUAAGCACGCCUUAAAUGGAGAGGGAGAAGAUGACAAAGAGAAACAAGUGAACGAAGACGAAACAGAUACAGCAAGCGACGAUGGAAGAGACUUUGGAGAUAAAGCUGAGGUAGCCUCGCAGCCGUCACUGGAGGAGGCUUCUGAUGUUGACGUGGAAAAAGGAGCCCGAUAUUCGUCGGGCGCGCCAGCGAGCGACGGGAACACGCGUCUGUCACUGUUCCCUACCCUAAGGGAUGGCCCCAAUCAAGACCAGAGAUGAUCGGAGGAUUUGGGCUCUCUAGAGCAACGCCAGCACCAGAGAUCAGGCUGAGGAAGGCUACUGUCCCACAAAGGAUACGGUCGAGAGCGAUCUGAGAUGUACGGAAACGCAGUGCCACACCCCCUGUCCAAUCAAAUCUUAUCGAUCACCUUUUUAGUUAAUCAACAGAUCUGCUACUAUGGCGUCGUUUUACAUAGUAGAUUACGGCCGUGCCCUUUGCAUGGAUUUGGUCACACUUCUGAUCGCUCGCGGGGGAAGUCGGCAGCGGUAGAGCCUUUUGGGAUUAGCACCCAUUUCUAGCACCGAUAUUUAGCACAGAUCAUUGGAAUGUAAUUCAUCCCGUUGCG